GUCCUUUAGGUCCUUUUGCCUUUUGAGGUGUCCUUUCCCGACCCUUCCCGUCCAGACCUACGAGCUCGUGACCUCGCAGGUGGACAAAGAUGUACACUCACUGACUGUAUCGAGAUGCGAGGGGGGAACAAAGGAACGAAAGGAUCGUCGUCGUCAUCGCCGGGAAUCGUCGUCUUCGAAGAAUCGUCGAGAACGUCAACGGAGGGUCCUGGGCUGCUAGGAUGAGAUACAAGGCAAAGAAGAGAGGAGCUAGAUAGGACACUCAUUCACCUAACAUACACACGACGACCUCCCCACUCACUCGACGACACCGACGAUGACCUCGAACGAAUUCACCAUCACCCCGAUCGACUCGUCCACCUCCUACCAAGCCUGGUCCGACCUCUUCCGUGCCUACCUCGUCGAGGGGAAAGACGAGCAGAAGUUCCCAGCCGACCAGUACCGAAAGACUUUCCACCGGCUCGUCGAUACGGGUCCAAAGGGGGACGUUUACGGGUUCAUGCUCUUGUCCCCCGGGGGAGACGGAGAAGAGAUGGUCAGGCCGAUCGGUUUCGCCCUCUACUUGUUCCACCCUACCACCUGGUCCGAGAAGGGGCAUUGUUACCUUAUCGACCUCUACGUCCACCCUGGGUACAGGAGGAAGGGAGGGGCGACGGGGUUGAUCAUGCGGGUCAAGCAGGAGGCCUUGGACGGCAAGAUCACUGGUAAAGGGUCGCAACACAUGUUGUAUUGGCAUACGAAGAAGGAGAACAAGGUGGCCAGGGAGUUGUACGACAAGUUGGCCAAGAAUGAGCAGACGGUUUAUGAGAUGGUCUUGGACGAGGAGUAGGGCGGAUAGGGUAGGAGGUCGUGGGCGGGUGGUCGAUGUGAUAUCUCUUUGUAUAACCUCGCUUGUACCCGGAUGACUUGACCUCAUGACUCGAUGACGACGACGAC